CUCUUGUGCCGUUGACUGAUGGACUAUGCACAGUUGCACAGCAACCACAGCAACAUUAUGCUAUCGAUCUUGGCCUAUUAUUGACGUUUCGUACAUACGAUUCGGUAAUGAAUGUGCUAUUUGGUUAGAAAAUAUUUUCAAAUUAGUUGUGUUCAUUCUUCAUUCGUUGUGAAAUAUAAAGGUGUUUUUUAUUAGUGUCCGGGCUACGUUUAUGAGUGAGUGUGUCCAUUUCUAAUGAAAUCCUUCCAUCGUUUCGUGAUGUUAGGUUUGCUCUAUGACAUUGAAUUAUUGAUGUUCCAAAUUAAAUUUACUAGAAAAUACGAGUGCAAGUGAACUCAAAUCUCUUACUUAAUAAUUUACCUAAGAAUGCAGUUUAAUCCGAACUGGUGUGUACGUUUCUUAUCACAAUAACAGUUUUAGCCUGAGCUAAUUUAAAAAAAAAAAACAAACAGGUGUAAAACAAUUUUAUACUCAGUGAAAAGGGAAAGUUGUCAUAACAUAAAUUCUCAAAUCUUUUUUCACUGCAGUUGAAGAACUUGAAGUUAGUUUUGGCACUACCACAACCUUCCAAAAACAUAACUACAUCAGGCAGGUUUUACUUGGAGACCAUCGCUGUUCCGUCGUCUACUGUUAGGUGGGUGGGGUCUGCAGAGUGGCGGAACCAUAUUGUGAAGAAACAGAUCCCCGAUCGCCUGCAAUCGUGGCGACGAGCUCAUCAGUAUCACCUGAGCAGUGCUGCAGUAAAGAAGUGAUCCUCAGUGUCGCGUCCGUGCUCCUCAACAGUGGCCGAACAAAGCCAAGUGUUUUCCAACAAAGAGAGUGGUAAUUUUUGAUCAACCAAGUCUCGGUGGAUCAUUUGGGGUACAAUACGUGUGAAAGUAGUGGUUCGUUGAAGAAGUGAAGUGAAGUGAAGUGCAUAAUAAAAAAUGAGGGUUGGUCGAUUGUUUAGAGCACAUGGUGAAUUUUGUGCAUCGCACCCGUGGGAAGUGAUAGUGGCAUUGGUAACCUUAACGGCUUGCAUAAUAACAUUCGACAAAGGAAGCGUAGACCCGUUCCAGCAAGCUGCACGCUCCAAUACCGGUAGGCCUUGUCCCAGUUGGCGUUUCAGUUCGGUUGGCAUUGAUAAUGGUUUCCGGUGUGAAGACUUGGAACAGAACGGAAUCGAUGUGAUAUUGAUGACUAUCGUGAGAUGUUCGGCGAUUCUCUAUUGUUACUACCAUUUUUGUAACCUUCAAAAGCUGGGUUCCAAGUAUAUUUUAGGUAUCGCCGGUCUUUUCACGGUGUUCUCUAGCUUCAUAUUCACCUCGACGGUGAUCAAUUUCCUUGGCAGUGAAGUCUCGGAUCUUAAAGAUGCUCUAUUUUUCUUCCUGCUUUUAAUCGAUCUAUCCAAGGCUGGUAUCCUGGCACAGCUGGCACUAUGUGGAUCAAGCCAGUCAGAAGUUACGAUGAACAUCGCGAGGGGUAUGGAGAUCCUUGGUCCUGCUAUAUCACUGGAUACCUUAGUCGAAACAUUAGUUAUUGGAGUUGGCACAUUGUCAGGUGUUCAACGUCUUGAGCUAUUAAGUGGUUUUGCUGUUCUAUCCGCCAUAGUAAACUACAUCGUUUUCAUGACUUUCUAUCCUGCAUGUUUAUCGCUCAUACUAGAUUUAUCACGCAAUGCAGGAAAUCUAAUUCAAAAAAAUAAAAAGGAAAAUUUGUUAGCCCGUGUACUAACUGAAGAAGACCAGAAACCGAAUCCAGUUGUGCAGAGAGUCAAACUAAUUAUGUCCAGUGGACUAAUGGUUGUACAUGUGCUCAGCCGUCUAACAAUUUCGGAGAAGGACUCCGAUACAGCUGAACAAAUUAUUGCUUCACAGAGUCACGACCACCUAGCGACGCUCAACAAAACUGAACCGAAUGACAUUUCUGAAUUUAUUAUAAGGUGGCUCUCGAUCAGUACAGAGCAGAUCGUGAUGUACAUCCUGAUCCUUGCAUUGGGCAUUAAAUUUGUUUUCUUCGACCGUCACAAUCUGUCUGACCAGAUUCUGCUAUCGGUAGCGAAUGAAGCAGCGGCGGCCGCUGCAGCAGCAGCGCAACGCCAGAGGCAACUCUCUGUUGUACAACAAUUGGCGCCAACAAUUAUUUCCAAACACGAGGAAUACACUCCUGCAGCCACGUUCACUCUAUCGGAAAUUGUGCCUGUAGUCGAGAAAGCCACUCAAAGCGAACUUAGUUUGAUGCCAGGUCGGCGGUUGAGAGUUAAAAGCAUGGGAGCAGAUGAUGAACUAGAGUUUGACGAUUUUGAAGAUGAAUUGGUAGAACGAGAACCCAGGCCGUUGGAAACCUGUUUAAGCAUUUUGAACGACUCUGAAGAAGGAGCAAUUGCAUUGAGUGAUGAAGAAAUAAAAAUGAUUGUUAGAGCUGGCAAUGGAUACUGCCCAUUGUAUAAGAUUGAAAGUAUUAUCGAUGACGCUGCACGGGGCAUUAAAAUUCGAAGAGAUUUAAUACAAAAAGAGGCCGGCUUGCCAGUCAAUGCAUUCAAACAUUUGUCUUACAAAAAUUAUGAUUACUCUAAAGUUAUGAACGUAUGCUGUGAAAAUGUGCUUGGUUAUGUACAGAUUCCUGUUGGUUACGCAGGACCGUUAAUUUUAGAUGGAGUUCGAUAUUACGUUCCUAUGGCAACAACGGAAGGCGCAUUGGUUGCAAGUACCAAUCGUGGUUGUAAAGCCAUUUCAUGUCGAGGUGUAACUAGUUUUGUCGAAGAUAUCGGUAUGACACGGGCCCCAUGUAUCAAAUUCCCCAAUGUCCUGAGGGCCGCGCAGGCGAAACGAUGGAUAGAGACAGCAGAGAAUUUCGCUAUCAUUAAGAAAGCUUUCGAUUCUACCAGCAGGUUCGCUCGUUUACAGGAAUGCCAUAUAGCUAUGGAUGGUCCUGUGUUAUAUACGCGAUUCCGGGCCCUAACUGGUGAUGCUAUGGGAAUGAAUAUGGUUUCUAAGGGUUCGGAAAUGGCUCUCCGUGAAGUUCAAAGAUAUUUUCCAGAUAUGCAGAUUAUUUCAUUAAGUGGAAACUUUUGCUCGGAUAAGAAGCCAGCAGCGAUCAAUUGGAUCAAAGGUCGGGGAAAACGGGUUAUUUGUGAGGCAAUUAUUCCGGCCGAAAAAUUACGCAAUAUUCUGAAAACAAAUGCUCGCACUCUGGUACAGUGUAAUAAAUUGAAAAAUCUUACCGGAUCAGCAGCAGCGGGAAGUAUCGGAGGAAAUAACGCGCAUGCUGCUAAUAUGGUAACUGCAAUUUAUAUAGCAACUGGUCAAGAUCCGGCUCAAAAUGUAACUAGUAGUAAUUGUUCUACUAAUAUGGAACUGUAUGGAGAAAGUGGUGAUGAUUUAUAUAUGACUUGUACUAUGCCGUCGCUGGAAGUUGGCACUGUUGGAGGAGGAACCGGGUUGCCCGGCCAAAGUGCUUGUCUCGAUAUGCUUGGUGUACGAGGCGCGCAUCCAACGCAUCCAGCAGAAAACUCAAAACAACUGGCACGUGUGAUUUGCGCUACCGUGAUGGCCGGCGAACUUAGUUUGAUGGCUGCCUUAGUCAAUAGCGAUCUAGUCAGUAGCCAUAUGCGGCAUAACAGAUCCUCGGUAGCAAUGAAUCCGGGAACUGCAACAAGUUCAGUAAAUCACUGAUGUUUACUUUUAUUGGAAUCUACCUCAGCUAUGCGCGAAAAAAAAAAAGAAAAGAAUGCUAAUUAAGUCUUGAAAAUCCAAGAUCAAUAUUAAAAAUUUUACGUUCAAUUAUUUAAUAAUAAACCCAGUGAUUUUCGUAACAAUAAAAUUCAAAUAUGGACUGGCGAAUACUGGCAACACGAGAAGUUGUUGAUAGUCUAAAACACAACUUAGAGAAAGGAUAAUGAAUGUUAUAUAGAAUAUUCUGUGCAAGAAGAAACAGCAGUCGUAGCUUACUUGUUGGUACCGUCAACUAUGGGCAUACACUUAUGUACCGUUCUUGAUUACAUUGUACAUAAUAAUAAAAUUGAAACAUUACGUCAUCUCAAGUAAGAGAUCUUAACAGUUGAAAAAAAAAGUUUGUGGAACAUAAUAGCAGAAUAUAAUAAAUGUGAGAUACAAUGCAUGUGAUGUUCCAAAAGGAGUUUCCGGUCAACGAACAUAUGUGACGAGUAUACUUCCAUGCUGAGCAUUUUGCAAAGGGUUACGAUUUUAAAAUAAAUUAUUUAUAAUUUUAUGAAUAUAUGGUGCUAACUGAAAACGGUAGAAAUACAUACUAUUGUCUUUUAUAUUA